GUCAUGUGACCCAGUACCCAUACUAAUGAGUGUCGCAUGACUAGCUGCUUGGUUUAUUGUGCAAAAUAACUGAUUUAAGUGUACAUAAAUAUUAUUAACGUUGUUGAUAGACCCUAAAUUAGUAGACUACGACUAAAUCUGCCUUAUUAUCCCACAUCUGGAGCCUCUAUCAUGGCGGAAGUGGAGGAGCAGGGAAGAAAAUUAAGUGAAGAAUCCACAGAUGAGUCCGAGGAGGAGGACACAGAGGAGGAGCCUAAACUGAAGUACGAGAGGCUGACCAAUGGCGUGACAGAGAUCUUGCAGAAGGAUGCGGCCAGCUGCAUGACAGUGCAUGACAAGUUCCUGGCUCUUGGGACACACUUUGGAAAGGUUUACCUUUUGGAUAUUCAAGGAAAUGUUACACAGAAGUUUGAAAUUAGUCCAGUGAAAAUAAACCAGAUCAGUUUGGAUGAGAGUGGCGAUCAUGUUGGCAUCUGCUCUGAAGAUGGAAAGGUGCAAGUGGUUGGCCUGUACACUAGGGAGGGCUUCCAUGAAAACUUUGACUGUCCCAUCAAGGUCGUGGCGCUACACCCUCAGUUCAGCAAAUCCAACAAUAAACAGUUUGUGACUGGAGGAAAUAAGAUUUUGCUUUAUGAGAGGAACUGGCUGAACCGUUGGAAGACCUCUGUUCUGCAUGAAGGAGAGGGAAACAUCACCAAUGUGAAAUGGAGAGCCAACCUCAUUGCCUGGGCAAACAAUGUGGGUGUGAAAAUUUAUGACAUCAGCAGUAAGCAACGCAUCACUAACGUGUUGCGGGACAACACCAAUCUUAGGCCGGAUAUGGAGACCGAGUUCUUCAUUAGUGGACUGGCACCUUUGGCAGAUCAGCUGGUCACUCUGUACUAUGUCAAGGAGAACUCUGAGCACAUGGAGGAGGAGUUCAGAACACGGCCUCGUUUAGACAUCAUCCAGCCGUUACCCGAGGGCUGUGAGGAGAUCUCAUCAGACGCUCUCACUGUACGCAACUUCCAGGAGAACCAGUGCAGGGACUACAGGCUCGAACACUCUGAGGGAGAGCCUCUAUUCUACAUCAUCAGCCCUAAAGACAUUGUAGUGGCUAAAGAAAGAGACCAGGAUGACCACAUCGACUGGCUUCUGGAGAAGAAGAAAUAUGAAGAAGCACUGAUGGCUGCAGAGAUCAGCUUCAAAAACAUUAAACGGCAUGAUGUACAGAAAAUUGGAAUGGCGUACAUCAAUCAUCUGGUGGAGAGAGGAGAUUAUGAUGCAGCUGCCAGAAAAUGUCAAAAAGUGCUUGGAAAGAACAUGGAUCUCUGGGAGAAUGAAGUGUACAGGUUUAAAACCAUUGGACAGUUGAAAGCCAUCAGUCAAUACUUACCAAGAGGAGACCUUCGUCUUCGACCAGCAAUAUAUGAGAUGAUACUUCACGAGUUCCUCAAGACUGACUAUGAGGGUUUUGCCACACUGAUUCGUGAGUGGCCAGGAGAGCUGUAUAACAACAUGGCUAUAGUUCAAGCAGUGAAUGAACACCUGAAGAAGGACCCCACCAACAGCAUGCUUCUCACCACACUGGCCGAACUCUACACAUAUGAUCAGCGUUAUGAUCGUGCUCUGGAGAUCUACCUGAAACUGAGACACAAAGAUGUUUACCAACUCAUUCACAAACACAACCUAUUCUCCGCCAUCAAGGACAAGAUUGUCCUGCUCAUGGAUUUCGACAAAGAGAAAGCUGUUGACAUGUUGCUGGAUAAUGAUGAUAAAAUAUCGAUGGACAAAGUGGUGGAGGAAUUAAAAGACAGACCUGAGCUGUUACAUGUGUAUUUGCAUAAGCUGUUUAAGCGGGACCAUCAUAAGGGGCAGAAGUACCAUGAGAGGCAGAUCAGUUUGUAUGCUGAGUAUGACCGACCCAACCUACUGCCCUUCCUCAGAGAGAGCAUGCACUGCCCACUAGAGAAGGCUCUGGAAAUCUGUCAGCAGAGGCACUUUGUAGAAGAGACAGUCUUCCUGCUCAGUCGUAUGGGAAACUGCAGACGUGCCCUGCAAAUGAUCAUGGAGGAGCUGGCGGAUGUGGACAAGGCCAUUGAGUUUGCUAAAGAGCAGGAUGACAGAGAACUCUGGGACGAUCUCAUCUCUUACUCUAUAGACAAACCACCGUUUAUCACAGGCCUCUUGAAUAACAUUGGAACCCAUGUGGACCCAAUCCUGCUCAUUCACCGCAUUAAAGAAGGGAUGGAGAUUCCUAACCUCAGAGACUCACUGGUUAAGAUUCUACAAGACUACAAUCUACAGAUCUUACUGAGAGAGGGCUGUAAGAAGAUCCUGGUGGCAGAUUCACUGUCUCUUCUACAGAGGAUGCACAGGACACAGAAAAGAGGAGUGCGGGUGGAUGAAGAAAACAUCUGUGAAUCCUGCCACACUCCUAUUUUACCAUCAGACACGGCUCAGGCAUUUGGUGUGGUGGUGUUUCACUGCAGACACAUGUUCCACAAGGAGUGUCUGCCGUCCCCUGGGAAUGUCCCAGGAAUACAGUAUUGUAACAUCUGCAGUGCAAAGCGGAGAGGACCAGGCAGUGGCAUACUGGAGAUGAAGAAAUAAUCAUUCCUUCUAGUAGAAUAACAGUUCUACAAUUACCACUCACUCAUCAGAACCUGUCAAAAAUGAAACGAUCUUAAAAUAAUCUUUCCUUUACUAACAGUAUUUAUUAAUGCAAGCUUGUGAUUGCUAGAUUUUGUUUCAUAAAAGCACCAAUAAAGCACUCAUAUAAUCUGUUGACGUCUUUUGCCACAAUGUUCCAAACAAAACAUGCAGUACAUCGUCACUUUUUUUUCCCUCAAAUCUUUCUUUCCAUUAAGAACAUUUUGAUUACUAAUAUUUUUGAAUGGUUUGUAUGAACAGACACCAUCUGGAAAAUGUUUCAAUGUCAUUCAGAUGAAUGCAAAAAUGUAUCAGUUUUUGUAAGGCUGAACUUUACUGACAAGUCAUAUACCGCAAACAUACAGCAAAAUAAUUCAGCUAAAUGUAUUACCACAAAACCGUAGUUUAGUACACCACCCUCAACUGCUCGAAGAAAGGCAUAAACAAACAACCCAGCAGUUUCUGUCCAGUCAAAUAAAAUAAAAAAACCCAUGGUGAGUGAGGAGUUUAAAGUCCAAACAGAAUAGCUAGAUUGUUAUUUGCACAUUGUAAACAAAAUCACAUCUACAUUAGCUAGAACUCAUUUGACAUGACCAACUAUUCAUAGCAAUGACUGCAGCACCUUCUACAGACCACAGCUGCAAAAAUACACAUCAAACCACAAACAUAAUAUGAGAUUAGAAAGGUUAAACUUUAAUAAUGGUUCGUCAAUCAUCAUGGAAUCAAAUAAAAUGAGGAGAGGAACAGGGAUGAAAUGGUUAAAGGGACAUUGUUAGAGAAAAUCUAUUAUUCGCAAUAUGUUGACAAACUAGCGCAGAACUACAUUCUCACAGAGGGAUACGGAGGUGGUUUUUACUCAGAGUGGUAAGAAUCAAAUCAAGCAGGCUUUAUCUGCAAAACGACCAGCAAGUGCCUUCCAGAAUGCUAUUUUAACACAUUCUCUAAAUAUAUAUAUAUUUCUCUCCCAUCACUUUCAUAUUUUUUCCCCCCACAGUAAGGCCACUUUAAAAAGUAAAUUUGAAGACUCAAUGCCUCUGUCAACAGAUCUUGCAAAAUGGGGAGGGAAAACAAUUUAAUUUAAGGUUACAGUUAAAACGUUGAGCUGCUCCUCUUUGGCCGGACUGGUGUUAAUUCCUGCAGCCAAUCAGAGCCCAGGACCUGGUCGACAUUGUAACCACAGAUAUGUAACUUACUGAGGUAGCCUCCACUCUCUAGUCCCCAAACCAAAAACUCCCAGCAUUCUGUCAUCACAAUGUAAGAAAAACAAAUCCAAUGGUUUGGGAGUUAUACUGACGUAGUGAAGAAAAAAAA